AUGCGAAUCGAUAAACGAGACCAGUUGAUAUUAUUGAGUGUGUAUGGUGCAAAGUGUUGCAAGUGUCUUUUUUCCCUUUUCUUUUUACUUAUUUUUUUUUCUCAUCUCUCUUUUUCGUUUUCUUUUCCCUCAUUUUUUUCUUAUUUUUUUUCUUUUCUUUCUUCAUUUUUCUCUGUUUUCCUUUUGGCUUUCAUUUUUUUUCUUCAUUUUCUUCUUGUUUUAUCGUUUAUUUUUAGUACUUUUUUUAUUUUUUCUCUUUUUUCAUUCUUCUUAUUUUUUCUUUUCUCUUUUUCUUUUCUUUUUCCCCCGUUUCUUUUAAUUUCUCUCUUUUUCCUUCUUUUUCUUUGUUUUCCUUCAUUUCUUUCUCUCUUUCUUUGCCUUCUUUAUUCUCUUUCUUUCUUUUUCCUUCUUUCUUCUUUUUAUCUCUUUCUUUUCCUUCUUUUUCUCUUUCUUUUCCUUCUUUUUCUCUUUCUUUUCCUUCUUUUUCAAUUUCUCUCUUUCUUUUCCUUUGUUUCUUUCUUUUCAUUCUUUUUCAUGUUUCUCUUUUUCUUUCCUUCUUUUUCACUUUCUUUCUUUUCCUUUUUUUCUCUUUCUCUUUCUUUUCCUUCUUUUUUCUCUUUCUUUCUUUUUUGCGCUCUUUUUUCUUUUUCUCUCUUUCUUUUCCUUCUUUUUUAUUUUUAUUUUCUUUUUUCUCUUUUCUUUCUUUUCCUUCUGUUUUCUUCAUUUUUUCUUUUCUUUUCUUUUUGCUUCUCUUUUUCCUUUUCCUCUUUUUUCUUUUCACUUUCUCUCUUUUUUUCUUUUUUUCUUCUUCCCCUGUUUUUUUCCUUUCCCCUUCGAUUUCUUACGUUCUUUUAUUUCCUCCUAAUUACCUUCGCGCAACAGCUUUAA